AUGGCUUCAACCGCUGUGCCCCUGCCUGUAAAGGCCUCUCUCCGGCGCAACAUGACCGACUCGACCGAGUCCUCUGCUGCCGUGUCCCCCAUGGACUCCCCCAGACCGUCGGCUUCGUCCACGUCUCUGUCGUCCCUGUCCUCGGUCGACGUUGCCGGUGUCAAGGCCGCCGACUACGGCCGCCUGGUCGACACCUACGGCAACGAGUUCAAGGUGCCCGACUUCACCAUCAAGGACAUCCGCGACGCCAUCCCCAAGCACUGCUUCAAGCGCUCCGCCCUCAAGGGAUACUCGUACAUCAUCCGCGACAUCGUCUGCCUGGCCACCACCUUCUACGUCUUCCACAACUACGUGACCCCUGACAACAUCCCCUCAACCCCCGUCCGCGGUGCUCUCUGGGCCGUCUACACCAUCCUGCAGGGCCUCUUCGGCACCGGCCUCUGGGUCAUUGCCCACGAGUGCGGCCACGGCGCCUUCUCCGACUCCAGCCUCGUCAACAACGUCACCGGCUGGUUCCUCCACUCCGCCCUGCUGGUCCCCUACUUCAGCUGGAAAAUCUCCCACCACAAGCACCACGCCUCCACCGGCAACAUGGAGCGCGACAUGGUCUUCCUCCCCCGCACUCGCGAGCAGCACGCCACUCGCAUCGGCAAGAUGGUCCACGAGCUGUCCGAGCUGACCGAGGAGACGCCCGCCUACACUCUCUUCAUGCUGGUCAUGCAGCAGCUCGUCGGCUGGCCCAACUACCUGCUCACCAACAUCACCGGCCACAACUUCCACGAGCGCCAGCGCGAGGGCCGUGGCAAGGGCAAGCACAACGGCAUCGGCGGCGGCGUCAACCACUUCGACCCGUCCAGCCCCCUGUACGAGGCCAAGGACGCCAAGUACAUCCUCAUCAGCGACGUUGGCCUGAUCAUCGCCUUCAGCGCCCUCUACUACCUCGGCAACACCUUUGGCUGGCUCAACUUGGCCAUCUGGUACGGCGUCCCGUACCUCUGGGUCAACCACUGGCUCGGUGAGUUGUCGCAUCUUUUUCCAUGUCUGAAACGGUGGCAAGAAAUACUGACCUCUCUCGUCUCUCCCGCAGUUGCCAUCACCUUCCUGCAGCACACCGACCCCUCGCUGCCUCACUACACUGCCGAGGAGUGGAACUUUGUCCGUGGCGCUGCCGCCACCAUCGAUCGUGAGAUGGGCUUCAUCGGCCGUCACCUGCUGCACGGCAUCAUCGAGACCCACGUCCUGCACCACUACGUGGCCACGAUCCCCUUUUACAACGCCGACGAGGCCACCGAUGCCAUCCGCCCCGUCAUGGGCGAGCACUACCGCUCCGACGUCAAGGACGGCGCCAUUGGCUUCAUCCGUGCCAUGUGGACCAGCGCUCGCAUGUGCCACUGGGUCGAGCCCAGCGCCGAGGCCAAGGGCCCUGGAAAGGGCGUCUUGUUCUUCCGCAACCGCAACGGUCUGGGAACCAAGCCCACGGCCAUGCCCAAGCCCGAGUAA